CCAGCGUCUCCAUGGUCCAAUCCAGUUUCAGACGAGAACACGCUCCUGGGCAAAGAAGCCUGAGCGAGGCCAGAACGACUUCUAGACAAGCUGGUGCGAAAACCCUCCCGCGCCCUGGCUCUUAGAGUCCCUGCUAGGCGCCCGCCUGCGUCCUCCCGAGGUGCACCUAGCAAUGGCAGUCGCUGGGCUUCGGAGCCCCCGGUGGGGAGCUUUCUGCACACAGCUGCUGCUGACCCUCUGGGUCUUCAGUUUUGCUGGUGAAGCCUGUAAAAAGGUGACAUUAAAUGUCCCUUCGACACUAAAAGCAGACCAGAUAAUUGGAAGAGUUAAUGUGAAAGAGUGUCUCAGCUCUGCUGAUGGCAUCAGGCCAAGUGAUCCUGAUUUCAGAGUUCUAGAUGAUGGGUCAGUUUAUCCAGCCAGAACUCUUGUGUUGUCUGGUGAGAAAAGAUCGUUUACCAUUCAGCUUUCUGACUCAAAGACACAGACACAGAAAGAGAUCCAAGUAAUCCUGGAGCACCAGAAGAAGGUCCUGAAGAAAAGACACACGAAGGAUACUGUCCUCAGGAGAGCCAAGAGACGAUGGGCACCCAUUCCUUGUUCUAUGCAAGAGAAUUCCCUGGGUCCCUUCCCACUGUUUCUUCAACAGGUUCAGUCUGAUGCAGCUCAGAACUAUACCAUCUUAUACUCAAUAAGUGGGCGUGGAGUCGACCAAGAACCACUGAAUUUGUUUUUCAUAGAGAGAGACACUGGGAAUCUGUAUUGUACUCGGCCUGUGGACCGUGAGGAAUAUGAUGUUUUUGAUUUGAUCGCCUACGCAUCCACUGCAGACGGCUAUUCAGCCGAUUUACCUCUCCCACUGCCCAUCAAAGUAGAGGAUGAAAAUGACAAUUACCCUCUUUUUACGGAAGCAAUUUAUAAUUUUGAAGUUCCAGAAAGCAGUAGACUUGGUACUGUGGUGGGAGUGGUUUGCGCCACAGAUAAAGAUGAACCGGACACGAUGCACACGCGCCUCAAGUACAGCAUCUUGGAGCAGAACCCACGGUCACCUGGGCUCUUUUCUGUACACCCUGACACGGGCGUCAUCACCACCGUCUCUCACUACAUGGACAGAGAGGUUGUAGACAAAUACACAUUGAUAAUGAAAGUCCAAGACAUGAAUGGCCAAUUUUUUGGACUAAUCAGUACCUCAACUUGUAUCAUAACAGUGCAAGAUUCCAAUGACAACGCACCCACAUUCAGACAAAAUGCUUAUGAAACCUCUGUGGAGGAAAACACAUACAAUGUUGAAAUCUUGCGCAUACCUGUAGAUGAUAAGGACUUGAUUAAGAGUGCCAACUGGAAGGCAAAUUUUACCAUCUUAAAAGGAAAUGAAAAUGGGCGCUUCAAAAUCACAACAGACCCAGCGACUAAUGAGGGUAUUCUAUGUGUUGUGAAGCCACUAGAUUAUGAAGAAAACCGUCAAGUGACCCUAGAGAUUGGAGUGAACAAUGAAGCUCCAUUCAUCAGAGAAGUUGCAAGCCGAGUACCCACCAUGAACCGGGCCUUGGUUACAGUUCAUGUGAGGGAUCAGGACGAGGGGCCAGAAUGCAACCCCCCUGAGCAAUAUGUGCGGAUCAAAGAAAACUCAGCAGUGGGGUCCAAGAUCAAUGGCUAUAAGGCCUACGAUCCUGAAACCAAGAAAAGCAAUGGCUUAAGGUAUAAAAAGUUGCAGGAUCCUAAAGAAUGGGUCAGCAUUGAAGAAGUUUCGGGGUUGCUCACCAUAUCAAAAGUCCUAGACAGAGAAGCCAUGACUCCAAGAAAUGACUUAUAUAAUAUUACAGUCAUGGCAAUAGACCAAGAGGGCAAAUCAUGCACAGGAACACUUGCAGUGAACAUUGAGGAUGUGAAUGACAAUGCACCAGUGAUACUUCAAGAUUAUCUUGUUAUCUGCAAGCCAAAGAUGGGGUAUACGGACAUUUCAGCUGUGGAUGCUGAUGAGCCUGUCAACGGCCCUCCCUUUCAGUUCAACUUGGCAAGCUCUUCUCCAGAAGUCAACAGAAUCUGGACCAUCAACCGAGUUAAUGACACAGCUGCCCGCCUAUCCUAUCGGAAAAAUGCUGAUGUUCAAGAAUACACCAUUCCUGUGAGUGUAAAAGACAGAGCAGGCCAAUCCACGACCAAACUCUUGAGAGUCAACCUGUGUGACUGUACUCAUCCUAGCCAGUGUAUGGCCAGGUCAAGGAGUUCAGGGGUCACCUUGGGGAAGUGGGCCAUCCUUGCCAUCUUGUUGGGCAUCGCACUGCUAUUUUCGGUGCUGCUGACUUUAGUAUGUGGAGUUGUUACUGCCCGGAAAGGAAAGCAUUUUCCUGAAGAUUUAGCUCAGCAAAAUUUAAUUAUAUCAAACACUGAAGCACCUGGGGAUGACAGGGUGUGCUCUGCCAAUGGAUUCACCACCCAGACUGCCAACAACUCCAGCCAAGGCCUCUGUGGAACAAUGGGAUCGGGAAUGAGAAAUGGUGGGCAGGAGACAAUUGAGAUGAUGAAGGGGCACCAGACCUUAGACUCCUGCCGUGUGGCUGGGCAUCACCACACACUGGAUUCCUGCAGAGGUGGACACAUGGAGAGCGACAAUUGCAGAUACACUUACUCAGAGUGGCACAGUUUCACUCAGCCCCGCCUCGGCGAAAAAUUGCAUGCUUGUAAUCAGAAUGAAGACCACAUCCCAUCCCAAGACUACGUCCUCACCUAUAACUACGAAGGCAGAGGAUCUCCAGCAGGGUCUGUAGGCUGCUGCAGUGAAAAGCAGGAAGAAGAGGGACUCGACUUUCUAAACAACUUGGAACCCAAAUUUCUUACAUUGGCAGAAACAUGCACAAAGAGAUAACAGCACAGGGUUACAAUUCAACAUGGCCUUAGCGGUUACUCCAGAUUUGAACCGACGAUACUGUAAAACAGAGUCACUACUUAUACAAAAUGGUCUUGAGUUAUAUUGGCUUGUGAUAUUCUGACUUUAGUCUAGUGUGAAAUUGACACAUAUUCAGGAGAAACCAUUUGCGGAAUUCUGAUCUUUUGCAGGCUGGCUGUGUGCUGUGUGUGACAUUCUUGCAGUGCUCAGCAGGGCCAGUGGGCUGCGGUUCCUGGUCUAUCCCCGGGUCAUGACAUGGGUGCGGUGCAUGUGUCUCCACUGAGUGUUCCUAAGAUACAACCACAUUGUGAGUCCAGGAGUGUAUGCACAUAUAAUGGACUUUUCUACAUCUUACAGCCUUCCCCCUACCAAUUUGUGUCGUUAAAGUGGUUUGUUGCUGACCAUUUUUCAAAAAGUACAAGGAUUAAAAUAGAGAACCAGCAAAGCUCAUGCUGUAGUCUUAGAGUUAGCCAAGGGUCUGUAAAGGACCCGCCCUGCCCUGAAGAUAUUUUUCUGACAAAUGAAUCGGGUAAAAUAUUAGUCUACAAACGGCUCAGUUGUAGCAAUUCAUGUCACCACACACUCCUAAGGAUGGCUUAGGAAUCAAGCCAAGCAUUAAGUAACAUGAUUUGAAGAAUGUUUCAGGACAGAAAUGUUAAUACAAAUUACAUAAAACUUUUGUAAAGUUCGGACUUGCCUCUCUCUGAUUUCACUAUCAAAUACUUUAUUGGACUUUGGAAACAGUGUUUGGCAAGCUAGCCUGUGGUGCAGGGCAGCGAUUUCUUUAUUUCAGCACAGUCUGAAGCCAGUGAGUAUUUCUACAAAAGUGCGCACCAGAGCGGCAUAUUUACAAUGCAACUUAAACCAAGAGGAAAAUGGAAAUUAUUGAAGAUAAGGCUGGGUGUGGCUCAUCUUGUAACAGGAAAUUGGGGCUUUAAAGGGGCAGACUUCCUCCUGCCUGGUCACGGUGCAUUGUGUGACACCUGAAGGUGUCAGCUCAGCCUGCUUGUGUAAUUUGUUUCAAUUUAGAAAUGUAUAUUCUAGUUUUAGUGGGAAAGAAAGAGAAAGGUACAUGGAAAAAUGGAUUCACUUCCCAGAAUAUGUAAAGAUUUGUACAUUCAAAUAUUAGAAGCCCACUACAGGAUCCACCCCCUUGCCCCUUACACUACUGGGACCCUCAGGAAUGUACAGAAAUGACAUGGUUUUCUUGGGACCUAGUGCUGAUCUCUGCUGAAGUUACAUCCAUCCUUUAUCACCCCCCCACCUUUAUUUUGUCUUCUACUUUUCUUCUCUCUUCCUCCUCCUCUUCAUUUAUAUUUUUUGGGGGGGGGCAGUAUCUCUACAUAUCCCAGGGUGGCCACAAACUCACAAUCCUCCUGCCCCAGCCUUUGAAUACUAGAAUUACAGGCAGAUACCAUCACUCUUGCUUUUGAUGCAGAGCUAAUUGACACUGCCUUUUAAGUUUGGAGGCUUUGUGGUGCUGGGAGGCAAAGCUUCCCGAAAGCAGAUACUGGGGACCAAGUGUUGCUGUCCUUAGAGCCACAGACUCCCGGGCUCUUCCCCACACUCCAGCCACAGCUU